AUGGCUCCUGGAAUGUCCCUGUUUUCCGUCAACGCGAUCCUGAUCCUCAGCAUCGAGGACGGAUCGCGGUUAUUCUCCAAGUACUAUAGCGCACCCCACGCCGGCUCCGCGACUCAGAACGGCAGCUCGAACUCCUCUGGCAACCCGUACCCCGAUGUAAAGUCGCAAAAAGCCUUUGAGAAGGGGCUCUUGGAGAAGACGGCGAAGCAGACUGGCGAUAUCAUCUUGUACGACAACCGGAUUGUGCUCUACAAGAUGGAGUCGGACGUCAUGAUGUACGUUGUCGGAGGUGUCGACGAGAACGAGGUGCUGCUGUACAAUGUUAUCCUCGCCCUCAGGGACUCUCUGCAUCUGCUCUUCAAGCAAUCCGUCGACAAGCGCACAAUCGUCGAGAACUACGACCUUGUAUCUCUCGCCAUUGACGAGAUCGUCGAUGACGGCAUCAUCCUGGAGACCGACCCCACCAUCAUCGUCCAAAGAGUAAGCAAGGCACCGGCGCAAGACGUCGACCUUCGUCGCAUCGACCUCAGCGAACAAGGUGUCAACAACCUGGCCCAGCUGGGCAAGUCGAAACUGGCCGACUGGCUGCGGCAGGGCCUGUGA